CAUGCGGCUGUUUCCUCGGAUGGACGCGGCCCCCGGACUGACUCCCGGGCCGGGCCACGGUGCUGCCUGAGCUGCUUUCCACCCACCCGAGCGAGCGAGCGAGCGAGCGAGCGAGCGAGCGAGCUUCACUUGCGGUGUGCAAAAAUAUAUAAAGCAUCAUCAGCCUAAAACCACACAGAGCAAACAUGAAUGAUAUUUCCCAAAAGGCUGAGAUUCUGCUUUCUUCAUCUAAACCUGUCCCCAAAUCCUAUGUGCCCAAACUUGGCAAGGGGGACGUGAAGGAUAAGUUUGAAGCCAUGCAGAAAGCCAGGGAAGAAAGAAACCAAAGGCGAUCUAGAGACGAAAAGCAGAGAAGAAAAGAACAAUAUAUUAGAGAGAGAGAAUGGAACAGGAGAAAGCAGGAGAUUAAGGACAUGCUUGCUUCUGAUGAGGAGGAAGAAGUGUCUUCUAAAGCAGAAAAGGCCUAUGUCCCGAAGCUAACAGGUACUGUGAAAGGUAAAUUUGCUGAAAUGGAGAAGCAAAGACAAGAGGAACAAAGGAAGAGAACAGAGGAGGAACGGAGACGCAGGAUCGAGCAGGAUAUGUUAGAAAAGAGGAAAAUACAGCGUGAAUUAGCAAAAAGGGCUGAGCAGAUUGAGGACAUAAACAAUACGGCAACUGAAUCAGGAUCCGAGGAAGGGGAUGACUCACUACUAAUAACAGUGAUACCUGUCAAAUCAUACAAAACAUCGGGAAAAAUGAGGAAUUUUGAGGAUCUAGAAAAAGAGCGAGAGAAAAAAGAAAGGCUAACCUGUGAAGAAGAUAAAAUACGAUAUGAAGAGCAGCAGUGCUCUCUCAAGGAAGCAAAGUGUCUUUCAUUGGUCAUGGAUGAUGAAAUGGAAAACGAGGCAAAAAAAGAAUCACCUUUUCCUGGAAAACUGAAAUUGACUUUUGAAGAACUGGAGCGACAAAGACAAGAAAACCGAAAGAAGCAAGCAGAAGAGGAAGCCAGGCAGCGUUUAGAAGAAGAGAAGCGAGCCUUUGAAGAAGCCAGGCGGCAGAUGGUAAGCGAAGAGGAGGAACAUGAAGACACAGAAAGAAAUUUUAAAGAGUACCGCCCUGGUAAACUCAAACUCAGUUUUGAGGAAAUGGAAAGGCAACGGAGAGGAGAGGAGAAAAGGAAAGCAGAAGAGGCAGCCAGGAGGAGGAUAGAGGAAGAAAAGAAGGCAUUUGCUGAAGCAAGGAGAAGCAUGGUAGUAGAUGAUGACUCCCCAGAGAUAUAUAAAACAAUCUCUCAAGAAUCUCUUACACCGGGAAAACUGGAAAUUAAUUUUGAAGAGUUAUUAAAACAAAAAAUGGAAGAAGAAAAACGACGAACAGAAGAGGAACGAAAGCAUAAACUAGAAAUGGAAAAACAGGAAUUUGAACAACUAAGACAAGAAAUGGGAGAGGAAGAGGAAGAAAGUGAAACUUUUGAGCUGAGCAGAGAAUAUGAAGAAUUAAUCAAAUUGAAAAGAAGUGGCUCUAUUCAAGCUAAAAACCUAAAAAGCAAGUUUGAAAAAAUUGGACAGUUGUCUGAAAGAGAAGUACAGAAAAAGAUAGAAGAGGAACGAGCAAAGAGGAGAGCAACUGACCUUGAAAUUAAAGAGCGAGAAGCAGAAAACUUCCAUGAGGAAGAAGAUGUUGAUGUAAAGCCUGCAAAAAAAAGCGAGGCUCCAUUUACUCAUAAAGUGAAUAUGAAAGCGAGAUUUGAACGGAUGGCUAAGGCAAGAGAAGAAGAAGAGCAGAGAAGAAUUGAGGAACAAAAGUUACUAAGAAUGCAGUUUGAGCAAAAAGAAAUUGAUGCAGCACUACAGAAGAAAAGGGAAGAGGAGGAGGAAGAGGAGGGUAGCAUCAUGAGUGGCUCUACUAUUGAAGAUGAAGAGCAAACCAGAUCAGGAGCUCCAUGGUUCAAGAAGCCACUAAAAAACACAUCAGUUGUAGACAGUGAGCCAGUCAGAUUUACUGUGAAAGUAACAGGAGAACCCAAACCAGAAAUUACAUGGUGGUUUGAAGGAGAGAUACUGCAGGAUGGAGAAGACUACCAAUACAUUGAAAGAGGAGAAACGUACUGCCUCUUUUUACCAGAAACUUUCCCGGAAGAUGGAGGGGAGUACAUGUGUAAAGCAGUCAAUAAUAAAGGCUCUGCAGCUAGUAGCUGUAUUCUUACCAUUGAAACUGACGACUACUAGGCUUCCUUCUCCCCUUGGAACUUUCUCUCUCCCCAACUUUCUUACUACUUAGUAUUAUCCAUCUUUUCUGUGGCGGGGUCCAAAAAGGAAACCAGAAGGGCCAUAUGUUGACUUACUUCCUUUUCCUAACAGUUUUCAAAACAGAAGCUUAUCUAAAGAAUGCCUUCUUUUCCAAACGAGCAUCACCUUUAUCACCAUAUUCUGCAGAAGUCAAUAAAAUGUAUCUGAACGGGAUGGGAAAUUUAGUCCAUUAUUCUAUCAAAAAUGGAUACAAAAACCAUGUAUUUCCCCUAAGUUUUAUAUCAAUUCUAUUUUUAAAAGUAUACAUUAUUUUGCAUGAAAGAAUGUCAUUUAUGAACUUUUAUGGCUAAAAUUAGUCCAAAAUAGCUAAGGCAAUGAAUUUGGAACCUACAAAUUUGAGUGGACUUUUUUUUUCAUAGUAGUACAUAAUUUUGAUUGUGAUAGUUUCAGUCUUUUUGAAGCAGAUAUAGAGGGGAAAAAGUAUCAUUCUUUUCAUGGGAAAAAGAUAGCAUGGAUAGAAACAAAAUUAAAGUAAGAUGUUUAAGAAACUGCCAGACAAAAUUUGAUAGAAACCAGUGUUCUGAAUAUUUAACAUGUACUAUUCAAAUAUGCAAUAUAUAAAGCCACACAACAAGCUUUUGUGAUCUUGUGUGAACAAAUUAUACUUUAAUGAGAAAACUAUGUAUUAAUAGUUUAUGCAGGAGAAAAGAUUUUCAACAUCACCGAAGGUUUCAAGAUCUAAGAGGAUUAGACUCAGAAGUGGCCCAAUUAAAAAUAAAUUUAAAACCCUAGUCUUUAAAAUAAGUUUGUAAAUAAGUAGCUAUUAUGUUCUCUUAUCAAGUUGUUUUAUAUUUUAACUUUCUAAAAGACAAUUUUAUUUUACAAUGUGAAGCCAUAAUAAAGUAACUUCUGUAUUAAAGGGGAAAAAAAUGGUUCUUUCCUCAAAGA